UCCAUGGGAAAAAAAAGAGAACCGCUUCCGUGUUGUUUUGGUUCUGCAAUCGUGAUGAACAACAGCUGGGUACGGUGAAAUAAGACUGACACAGAGGCGGUGAGUCGCCUAGAAUGCUUUUGUGAGGACCGCCCGCAAGAACGCCCCACCCGCAGACAUCAUGUCGUUGCAGCAGGGAUCGAAAAAGAAGGACAAGCGCAUUCUGUGCGGCACCUGCCCGGACCCCAAGUGCCAGGCGCGGCUCUUCUUCCCAGCGCACGGCUCGGUCAGCAUCGAGUGCACCGAGUGCGGCCAGCGCCAUGAGCAGAGGAACCUCCUCAAAGUGGAGGAGGUCACCGAUCCGGACGUGGUGCUCCACAACCUGCUGAGGAAUGCUCUGCUGGGGGUCACCGGCGCUCCCAAGAAGGGCACCGAGCUCGUGAAAGUGAUGGGGCUCUCCAACUACCACUGCAAGCUGCUCUCCCCCAUCCUCACCAAGUACGGCAUGGACAAGCAGACGGGCAAGGCCAAGCUUCUGAGAGACAUGAACCAGGGGGACAUGUUUGACUGCUCCCUUCUUGGGGACAGAGCCUUCCUCAUUGAGGAGGAGCACGUGUGCACCGUGGGCUACGGCAAAGACCGGUCCGGCAGCCUCAUCUACUUGCACGACACUUUGGAGGAGGUGAAGAAGGCCAACCGCAACAAGGAAUGCCUUAUCCCCGUGCACGUGGACGGGGACGGACACUGUCUGGUCCACGCCGUGUCCCGGGCCCUGGUGGGCAGGGAGCUCUUCUGGCAUGCCUUGCGGGAGAACCUCAAGCAGAACUUCAAGGAGAACCUUGACCGCUACAAGGCCCUCUUCCAGGACUUCAUCGACGCGGCCGAAUGGGAGGACAUCAUCAACGAGUGCGACCCCCUCUUCGUUCCGCCGGAGGGCGUGCCGCUUGGCCUGAGGAACAUUCACAUAUUCGGCCUGGCCAACGUGUUGCACCGGCCCAUAAUCCUGCUGGACUCGCUGAGCGGCAUGCGCAGCUCCGGCGACUACUCGGCCACCUUUCUUCCGGGACUGGUGCCGGAGGAGAAGUGCAGGGGCAAAGACGGGCAGUUAAACAAGCCCAUAUGCAUUGCCUGGAGCAGCUCGGGGCGCAACCACUACAUUCCCCUGGUGGGGAUCAAGAACGCCCCGCUGCCCAGGUUGCCUGCCAGGCUGCUGCCCAAGGCCUGGGGCGUGCCGCAGGAACUCAUCAAGAAGUACAUCGCUCUGGAACUGGAUGGGAGCUGCAUCAUUGGCGGCGACCGGAGCCUCCAGGACAAGUACCUGAUGAGGUUGGUUGCCGCCAUGGAGGAAGUCUUCAUGGAGAAGUACAGCAUUCACCCUUCUCUGGUGGCCGACGUCCACCAGUACGUGUACAGGAGGACGGGUGUGAUUGGGGUCCAACCGGAGGAGGUCACGGAGGCCGCCAAGAAAUCGGUGUUGGAGAACCGCCUUCACCGCUGCUUGAUCUGCAAUGCGCUGUCGGAGCUCCACGUUCCUCCCGAAUGGCUGUCGCCCGGCGGUAAGUUCUACAACCUUGCCAAGUCCACUCACGGGCAGCUCAAGGUGGACAAGAACUACAGCUUCCCGCUGAACAACGUGGUGUGCUCCUACGACCCGGAGAGGGACGUCCUCGUGCCGGAUUACAAGUUGAGCACUCUGAGCACGUGCAACUGGUGCCACGGUACCUCUGUGCGCCACAUCCGUGGCGACGGCUCUGUGGUGUACUUGGACGGCGACCGGACGAACACCCGUUCCCAAGGGGGCAAGUGCGGCUGUGGGUUCAAGCACUUUUGGGAAGGCAAGGAGUACGACAAUCUGCCCGAGGCCUUCCCCAUCACUUUAGAGUGGGGCGGGAGGGUUGUGAGGGAGACCGUGUACUGGUUCCAGUUUGAAUCCGACCCAAGUCUGAACAGCAACGUUUACGAUGUGGCCAUGAAGCUGGUAACCAAGCAUUUCCCCGGCGAAUUUGGCAGCGAGAUUCUCGUGCAGAAGGUGGUGAACACCAUUUUGCAUCACACGGCCAAGAAGAACCCGGACGAAUACAACCCUGUCGCCAUCGACGGGGCUCACGCCCAGCGGGUGACGGACUCGGCCGACGGCCCGGGAGCUGCGGAGACGCAGCCGCCGACCAAGAUCAUCCUGACGGGGCAGAAGGCAAAGACGCUGCACAAGGAGGAGCUGACCAUGAGCAAAGCGGAGCGCAGCAUACAGCAGAGCAUUGGGGAGCACGCUCCGGUGGCGCAGAAGAAGAGGACCGAGCGGCUGAAGCAGGAGCAGAGAGGGCAGGUGCGGCCAGCUUCUCCGGGUAUGCCCCAGGACGGGCCUUCGUCGUCCUCAGCCCCAGCCACACCCACCAAAGCUGCAGCGACCGCCUCUCCCAAGUCCAACAAGGAGAAGAAGAUCCGCGUGACCACGGAUGACGGGCGGCAGGCCAUGCUCACGCUCCAGGCCGAGACCACCUUCUCCGAGCUCCAGGGAAGCAUCGCCAAAGAAUUCUCCGUUCCCCCUGCCCAGCAAUGCAUCCGCUAUGGCUUCCCGCCCAAGGAGCUGCUCCCGCCCAAGGAGGGCCAAGAGAAGGAGCCCCUGCCGCUGCAGCACGGAGACCGGGUCACGGUGGAGACCUUGAGGGACCCCCGGGAGAAGGGAGGUCCCGCUCCUGCUGCCGCAUCUGCCUCCACGGUUGCCCUCCAUUCCGCGGGGAGCGAGGAGCCGGCAUCCUCCAGCAGGGUGACCUCGCGAGAGCUGCAGGAGAACAUCGACCUUGAGAUGUCUUCCCUCUGCCUUCUAGCAACUUUAAUGGGAGAAGAUGUCUGGUCCUACGCUAAGAAACUGCCUCACUUGUUCCAGCAAGGUGGAGUCUUCUACAACAUCAUGAAAAAAGACAUGGGCCUGAUGGAUGGUAAGCACUGCACGCUGCCGCAUCUCAGCGGGAAGACGUUUGUGUACAACGCAGCAGAGGAGCGGCUGGAGCUCUGCGUGGAUGCGGCAGGCCACUUCCCUGUGGGCCCUGACGUAGAGGAGUUGGUGAAGGAAGCCUUGGCGCAGCUCCGCUCGGAGGCAGCUGCUCGGAGCCGUGAGGGGAGUCCUGCCCACGGGCCGCUGCGGCUGGGCAGCGGAGGCGUUGUGCGUAAGAAGGAAGCGCUGCGUGGCGUUACCGCCUUCCAAGGCAAGGGCCACUCUCUGGGUGGCUCGCCCCCUGAGCGCAAGCCUCUAACCCGUAAGCACAGUGCUGGGGUGGACCUGAGUGCGAGCGCCUCCGUACGGCCAACUGCCUCCGAGGAUGCAGCCCGGGAGCUGGUGCGCACGGCGCCAGGUUUUGUCACCCUGCGGGAUGGCCGGCACCUGGACCCCAGCACUGUGGAGGCGCAGCGAAGGCGCCUGCAGGAGAUGGUCUCCUCCAUCCAGGCCUCCAUGGACCGCCACCUGAGGGAGCAGAGCCAGGGGACCGGAGACCCGGACCAGCACGGGACCGAAACUGGGGCCCCGGCGGAUCGGACAGAGGUGGAGCCACCCUCGGCCCCUGAGCCCUCAAGCAUGGAAGUGAGUGCGGCAGGUGGUAUGGCGGAAACGGCCUUAAUGGAGCAACCCGAGAAGGGAGUGGCGGUGGAGGAGCAGGAAGAGAUGGAGAGCCAGGAUGCAGAGCCUACCAACACCAUGGAACCCAUGGAUCAUUCCUGAUGGCAGUGGCUCCUCACAGGAUCUUUAGUCCCACAUGUAGAGGGGCACCGCAGCUCUCACUUUCUCCCCACACAGGCAGUUCCUCACAGGGGGGGACACUGUCACCAGGCAUUCAGGUCAUUUCACAGCUUAGGGUUUGAUGGUGUUUAUUUUUCCCCGGUUGUAUUUUACUGCAUGACAUUGAGUGUAUGGUUGAUACUUCACACCAGUGUUUCUGCCUUAUGCCAUGAAACUGAACACAUACUGCUGGGGCGAGGGGCAAACUAAGGAUCAGAAGAAGUUUACCACACUGAAUUCUGAAGGUGUGAUUUUGUCAUGUUUGUUCUCAAUCUUACAAGUCUUAAGACAUGAGGGCAGUAGAGGUUGAGAAGAUCAUUGUGGACCAGAGAAAAAUGCCUCCAUUGUUUUGCAGUGGGCCCAGAUUGCAGUGGUGUGGUGCUGUUUCUGUGAGCGGUAUUACUUUGCUUCAUCCGAACAACACAACAACUGGCUUAAGAUUUUAUUUUCCCCUAUGUUUCAUUUGGUCAUGUUUCUUUACACUUCUUUGUUGCCUCUCAAGCAUUAAUGGAAGGAUGUUUUUGCUCAGUCUCUUUUUUUAAUUCACAUGUAUAUAUGUUCCUUUGGGGGGUGUAGUGCCCUCUAUGUUGACAUUUAAAAUUUUAUUAUAUCCCAUAAAAAUCCAAAAAAUUAUCAGUUUAAUGACCCACCAUUAGUGCUGCUGCCAGAUUAUGUCUCGCUUCACAUAACGCACAUUGAGCAGUAAGCACUGAUGUGUUGCAUCUUUACCUGUAUUUUUGGUAUGGUCAUUGUCGCACGCCACACCUCUAAUAGACAUUUUGUCAAAAAAGGCAUGAAGAUUGAGGACUCUUUUGAGUGAAAAACUAUUAAACAGUAUUACCCUUUUAUGCAUAACAAAUGUGUUUCGCAAGCCGUGCGACCUAUUGAUAGGUGAAUGGAAUCAACUGAAGCAUCCUUAUUCUUUUGUGGCACAUUUUUCAGUUUUUGGCACAAGAACAAUACAGAAUAGUGAUAUUUUUCAUGAAAACACUCAGUUCAGCACCAUGAAAGGUAUCAAUAUCUUUUUUUUUUUUUUUUUUUAAAAGCUUUAGUGCUAUAAGCCUCUUUCAGGGUCUUGAGCUAUGUUGUUUGCUCCACAAAUAAUGGGUUUGUAUGAUUAAAUCUGAGGUUGACUUAUCUUUGCUAGAUUUCAGUAAUGUGAAGUUCUUUACCUUAUUUUCCUACCAAACCUGUACAGGAUGGUGCCUUUGCAUUUCACUCCCCCUGCCCCCCAGUGUCAAUGUGCAGCGCACAGUUGAGAAUAAAAGUUUGAGUCUGGCACCCCAGACCAAUAUCAAAAUUGAGCCGCUGUGUUCUUGAGGCCUGGUUUGUCCCAGUUCAAACACAGACGGUCAAAACACUUUCCAGUGAACGAAAAGUAUCACUACUUAAUUGAUUUCUUGCACCAUACAGAGCUUGUGGUCAAAGGUCGUAUGAUUUCCCUGAUGUUCUGUUUUAACUUUUCUCUUUAAUUUUGCAACGCCUUAAAGGUUUGGGUUUGAUCAACACAUAACAGCUUUCCCUUUAUACCUUACUGCUGUUGAGGUGUUUGUGGAAUGGAAAUUUAACACAAGGAAGAUGUGUAGAGUGCAUGCAUGUGACCUGGUAACAAAGAGAACGUAGGACUACAGAAUUUAGCAUUUGAGGCUGACAUAUUGCUGUGUGGAAGCACCGAGUGUGUUGUCCUGUUGCUCCAUAUCUGUGCAUAUUCGGCGGUAGGCAUCCAAAAAGAAAUGAACACUUGGUCUUAACUGUGGACUUGAUGUGAACACCCACCCUGAACUUUUUGCAGUUACAUUUUGUUUAAAAGUGAAUUGCAUCUACACCUUUAAUAUAAAAUGAAUCAUACUCUGCAUUUCACUGUGGAGAUGCAUUGUGUGGUUUAUCGGAGGGAAAUUCAUGUGCCGUCUGAAAUACUAAACUUUGAAUUCAGUGCCACUCUGUACAGACAAAAAAAUAAAAAUCCCAGGAACCCUGUGAACUGCGGUAUUCUGGGCUGAAAUUGAGGGUCUUUGUCAGUAGUCUGAAGAUUUUCUUUAUUUUGGUUGUUUUGAAUGAAAAUUAACAGUUAUAGCUUUUCUGCCAAAUUGAGGAACUGUAACUUCCAAUGAAAUAAUGGUACGUUCUGUGUUGUCAGUUUUUCAGCCUUAAUUUUUGAGUCUUAUACGAUCACUGCUAGUCAGAGGGUGAUAUAAUCAUUCUCCUCAACAAGCUGUUUGGAUUUCUUGUCAUGAACAAAUUUUUUUUUU